CAUGGAGGUCAGAUCUUCCAUCAGACUCUUGAUGAAUGUUCUGUUGCUGUUGGUUAUAGUAGUCGAAUUCAGCGAUUGUCAAACACAUAAUUCAGGUUUUCCUCAAGUUGUUCCAAACAGACAGCAGUUCUUUCAAUCAGAGCCUAUCACUAUCAGCUGUGAAGGGCUAAAUGAACUGACUGGAUGGAGAGUGAUGAAAAAGAUAAAUGGAGAUGUUAGAACAUGUGCUUCAACCUGGGAAACAUCGAUUGGACCUUGCAAUAUUAUUAAUGCAUAUCCAUCAACUGACAGUGGAGAAUACUGGUGUGAAAUGGGAGGAAUACAAAAAAGCAACACGGUCAACAUCACUGUAACUGGUCAUUCUCCAAUACCUUACUUCAAGCUCUACCUGGGGCUCUGCACAGGUUUCAGUGUUUUAUUGGUGGUGGUAAUACUGUUAGGAGUGUUUCAACGUCAUAAACAUCAACAAACCAUCAGAAGUCACACAGAAGAAACUUCUUUGAGACCAGGUGUUGAAAAUUCUACUGCCUCCUUCAAGUCUCCUUCUGCACAUACAGUGCCUGUAGUGGUAAGCAUAGCUGAAGAAAACCACGAGACAUAUUCCCUCAUCACAAAAACAACAAUGUCAAAAGAGGACCGUGCACUUGAAUCAGUCCAGGAGACUAAUGCUAUGGCCAGAAAACCCAGCGAUGUGAAAGAGAUGGCAGUAGGUGGUGGGAAAGAGGUACCAGCCCCCAACUGACUGGCAUGGAUCUGAAUAACUUUUACUGCGCAAUACAGAAGGAAAAAAUAAAGGAAAUGCUAGUCUUCAGUGUGUAUUUUCUUUUCUUUUUAGUGUCAUGUGCAUCAUGACAUUUAGAAAAAGUGUCAUUUAUAUACAAUACAAUGAAACAUUUUGUGGUUAUUACCACAUGUCUUGCAGUCUACUUCCUUCUGUAUAAACAGUGAAUGGGUUCAUCUCUAAUUGGUGAAAAGAUGACUGUUUAUAUCAAAUUGCAAAUAUCUCAACCUGCAUGUUUUUUUUUAAAAAAGUAUAUCAAUUCUUAUUCUGAGAGCAAAAACAUCAGCCACCUCAUAUCAUCAUGUCUAUUUUAAAAGGUAGCAAUGUGUUAAUAAAUAUGAAUAGUGAAGCCCAGGUCUAUUUGCUCUGCCUAAUUGUAGACAUGAGUACACUGUUGCAGUUUUUAAACAUGCUCACUGUGGCUUCUGUGGCGAGACAGUGUGACAAAUGUUAUGUUAAUGUAAUGUCAGCAAUCAACAGAAUAUCUGUUUAUGGUAAAGAUGGUGAUAUUGUUUUAUUAAAAACACUGAGCCAACAACUACAGCGUUGUUAGUGCAGUUGUUCAACUUGUUUUUCUAUCCUGUACUGA